UAGACUUUGCGGUGUUAAACUUAAAGCCAUUCACACAAAAUACCUCUGCGAAGACAGUUGUGUCUAACGAAAUAAGGGACGAUGACAAAAUUAUUAUUUUUUGUUGGUUUGUGUAUGUGCUGUCAGGGGACGCUGCAACUAGUGCCCUUGCCGGACUUCAUCCAUCCAUGUGCGGAGCUAACAGACGAAUGCUUUACCAAAGCAACCAUAGAUGCAAUACCAGGUGUGGUCAAAGGUAUUCCAGAAGCGGGGAUUCCACCUUUGGAUCCCCUAUACUUGGAUAAGAAUAUUACCAUGGAUCUCCCAGGAAACGUCAAGAUGACAUUUCACAAUGGAAAACUGUCUGGAUUAAGUACUUGUCACCCAGAUAAAGUUUCAUCUCGCCGUGAAAAGAGAACAUUUGUCUUCGAUAUGCACUGUAACUUCACAAUCAGAGGACAAUACAGCAUCGCUGGAAGAAUAUUACUUUUCAACCUUAACACCGAUGGAGAUGCGAAAAUAAAAAUUUGGAAUCAGCGAGUUCGUUUGGAGGUUUACGAAAAGGUUGUCAAGGAGAAUGAUGGAGAGUGGCACUACAAAAUAAACUCGUACAAAUAUAAGGCUGAUUACGGAACGGAUUUAAAGCUAAACCUUACAAAUCUAUUUAGAGGCAGCCCUGAAAUAAGUGCAAACAUUCUCGAAGUUCUAAAUUCGAAUUCCCAACUGGUGGCUCAAGAAUUCGGAGGCCCUAUUCUGGACUACGCCAUAGAUUAUGCAAUGAACGUGACACAACGCUUCUUCAGCACGUACACAUACAACCAAAUCAGCCAUGUACCACUAUCAGAUGAUUUCUUCGAGAAGAGUUAAAUAUUAUUUAGUUUUUAGUGUAAAAAUAAAAAAUAAGGAUAA